AGUUGGCAUAGAGCUUCUGUGAUCACUGGUUUAUACUGCAUCAGAUCAAGAUUUUUCAACACUGUGAACAGAGUGAUGGAGAGAACUCCAAACUGCUGCACUCUUGCUUCACUGGUCGCUUUAGUCGUCCUCGUCUUAUUUCCUGUGAGGUCUGGAUGUAAGGAAGACACCUACAAAUCACUGACAGAGCCGGAGAGCUGUGUUCAAGAAGAUGCGGAGUUGAAGAGAUUUAAAAAGAUCGACUAUGACAGCUUUGUGGGUCUAAUGGGAAGGAGAAGUGCUGCUCAACCAAACAGCCACAGAAACACCCCGAUGUCAAGAAAAAGACACAUGGAUCGCUUCCUCGCUGAUCUGUUGGGGCGGAGAACAGGAAUAGCCCCGGAGUAUUUACAGACAAGGCAUGGCCGAUUUUUCAAUCACGGGAGGCAGAGGUUUUAAGGCUUUCUGUAGUGAGGAUGUCACGCCUCCUCAACCUCAACAAAGGCUGUAAAACUUAAGUCCUCACAGCUACUGUAACGAGAAGAUAAUGUAUCAAAGUUAUUUAACUACAGAGAGGUGAAGC